AUGGCAAGCCUCUUGCUUCGUCUGUUCCAUUCCGACUACUUUUCGCCCCAUCUCGCCCUCUCCUACCUUCGCACUUACUCGGACAACAUUGGUAUCACCUACUACCUCGUCAGUCAGCUCGAGUCCGCCUUUCCUUGUCACCAGGUCGAAUUCUACUGGCCUCAGCUCUGCCAUCUCCUCAUCACAAAACCCUCCGAGUCACGCGCCUUGGAAUGCUUCAUCCUCAGAAGAUGCUCCCAGUCGGUCCACGUCGCUCUCCUCACCCUCUGGUACUUUCAGGCCGCCCUUUCCGACCUCUCCUCGAAUCCUCACACCGCUUCCUUCCACGUCUGUCAUCGUGUCUUUAACCAGUGCCAGUGCAUCCUCUUUCAGGAUCCCCUCUCCCAUCCAAACUCGGUCUACGCUCUCGGCGCUGCUUCUGAUGCUCCUCCCACACCCCACGACGCCCUCGCCGCUGGCGCCGCCGCUGGCCCCUCCAACCCAAACCUCGUCCAUUCUGGCCUUCAGCGUCUGCUCGUAGCCACCACCUCUCUUGGGCGUCAAAAGGUAUCCCCUCAGGCGCCUCUCGCCAACAUUGUCGCCAUCGGCUCCCUCCUCGCCAGCGUUCCUGCCAUGCCACAGCUCGCCUCCAUCACGGGCACCAUCGCCAUCCAACAGGCCAGACAGCCCCCGGAUCCUAUCCAAGAUGCACUUGCCGCUCGCGACUUGCACUCGGCCAUCGACAACGAAGACGACCUUCUCUACGCCGAAACCAGCCACCAUCCACCUGCAGCAGACCACAAGAACAACAACAGUGACGACAACGACGACGAUGAUGGCCUCGACAGCUCCGACAAUGACUCGCUCGCCGAAACCCGCAUGUCCCAACCUGCUUCCAACGUCGCUCAACCAACGCAGUACCUUCUCUCGUCCUUCGCCGGCUCGUUGGUCAAGAUGGCCGCCUCUUCGGUUUCCAUGUCAAGAGCAGAAACCGCGCCACUACCACCGCCCAAAGACACUCCCACCUCAGUGUCUAAUGCCAAACCUCGAGCCUCGCCCACCUUGAGCAACACGGCAGAGAUCACCUCCGGUGGCUCCCUCCCCGCUGCAGAAGCUUCCAAGAAGGUCGACAACCCUUUUGCCACCUUGGCCGCCGGCUUCAAUGCCGGCUUGAACGACUUUAAAGACAAAGCUGCCGCCGCCGUCGGCGAAGUCUUCGGCCAAGCUCAUGACAUGCAUGCUCCACUCACCAACGCCUCGGCCUCGAUCAGGAGCAAGCAGCCCUCCUCGGCCUCUCCCCCUCCUUGGUCCCCUCAGAAGCACCGUCAGUUUGCCUCACUCAGCCAGCAGCCAGCUCCGUCACGCUCCGUACCCAACCUCGUCUCCACGAAAGUAAGCGUCUCGUCCGCGUUUGCCUCUUCAGCUACGCUUCACCAGUCAACCGCCAAGACCGAGGCGAUCCUCAGCCUGUACAACGCCGAGGCACGUCGCAGCUUGCUUCGCUCCAACUACUGCAAGGUGCAGACGCAGUUUCUCCUCUCCCUCCAAGACAUUUCCGCACGCUUGCUGCUGCUUCCCAAGCCUGCACGUCUGUCGGCACUGCGCGCCGAACUCACCGCACUGAAUCACAAGCUGCCCGCCGACGUCUGCUUCCCCCUCUGGUGCACCGCCGACAACACAGAUGCAAGCCAACCCUCGCAAGCCAAACUGCAACCUCCUCGACAUCACCGCGUCAUUCGCAUCAACCCCAGUGAGGCUGUCGUACUCAACUCGGCCGAUCGUGUGCCGUUCUUGCUGCAUGUCGAAGUGCUCAACAACGACCUCGACUUUGAUCCCGACCGUCGACAGAACAGGGAAACCUUGCGUCGACUUGUCACGGAAGAGGACGUCCGUAGACGCAAGGUCGCCGCCUCGUCGGGCCGAUCCUCGUUUGUUCAGUCUGCAAACGAGCACUCAAGAACCGCCUCAGACAACGGCGCUGAUACACCGACAGCUACGCCACACCUUGCUCCCACCGAUGCAGCUCACGCACCGCAUAGCCACGAUCCCAGACAACUCGGCACGCCUAGCACGCCCAAACUCGUCUUGCAACAUGAUGGCGACGUUGGCUCUGCCAGUGAUGCACACCAAGCUGUACCUCUCAACAGCGACGCCAUCCCUCCGGAAAGCGGAGAGGAGAUCGACCUGACCGAGCAGAUGUACGGCUCGGAUUUGGCGGGCUUUGGUGGAGAGCGCGAGCGCUGCUCGUCCGACGAGGAACAAGAAGACUUGGCUUUACGCAACCGCAUGCACGAUACUGCCGCCUGGACCUCGGCACCUUCGGGCUCUGGUUCUGCCUCUGCUUCUGGUUCUGCUUCUGCUUCUGGCUUGGGCUCGGGCUCGGGCUCAGGCUCGGUCGCUACGAGCUUCUCGGCAGGCAAAGCUGCUGAUACGCAUUCGGAUCAACUCGCUGCGGGGCAUCGACCCAUGAACGAGUUUUCGCUUGACGAGUAUGCGCAACGCAUGCGCACAGCCGCCAUCAUGCUUUCGCAGCUCAACAAGUCGAGCAACGCAUCCAAAGCACAAGCCAUUGUCAACUAUGGUCCCAAUCUUAGCGGCAACAAUACCCAAGGCGGUUGGUCUUCCUGGAUCGUGCCUACCAACUGGUACGGUUCCUCGACAUCGUCGGUGCCUGCGAAUCGCGCCGGUGGAGGUGUGGGUGACAAGUCGGAAGUGGGCCAAGGCUCUGCUGGCGUCACGACGCAUGUUGGUACCAGCAUCGAUCCAACGCGGUCCAUGGUGCACAUGCCAAUGGGCGGCCAAGGAGGCGCAGGUCAUAGCUCCAGGUUGAUGCACGCCGAGACGGAAGCGAUUCGCAAGAGGAUCAUGCAAGAGAUGAUGGCGUUGGAGGAAGAGCGUAUGCGGCGUAUGAAGACGGGUGGGCGCAACGUCAGCGCGUCGCGCGCACGUGCACACAAAGCUGGGCAGAUGGCCGAGGACGAAGAAGAAGCGGUGCUGCGCGCUGUCAACAAGGACGAUCCUUCGGCAGCCAUGUUUAGCGAAUCGUGGGCUGCCAAGAAGCAGCGCAUCCGCGCGUCAUCGCCGUACGGACACCUUGGCAACUGGGACGUUUUCUCCGUGAUUGUCAAGACAGGUGCGGAUCUACGACAGGAACAAUUGGCGGUGCAACUGAUCAACGAAUUCGGACGCAUCUGGCACGAGACAGGAAGCCGAUGUUGGGUGCGAUACUUUCGCAUCCUCGUCACGUCUGAGAACAGCGGCUUGAUGGAGACUAUCACGGAUGCCGUGUCGGUGCACUCGAUCAAGAAGGAGGCCUACUCGCGCAUGUCGCAACAAGACAAGGCUGCAUCUGCUGGCUUUUCGCUCUACGAUCACUUUUUGGCUGCGUAUGGGCCGUCGACUUCAAAGUCGUUCAAUGCGGCGCGCGAUCGAUUUAUCGAGUCGCUAGCGGGAUACAGCAUCAUCUCGUACCUGUUGCAGAUCAAAGACCGGCACAAUGGCAACAUCCUCGUCGACAACCACGGGCGGUUGAUCCACAUUGAUUUCGGAUUCAUGCUCGGUAUCAGCCCGGGAGGCGUUGGUUUCGAGGCGGCUCCAUUCAAGAUGCCACAGGAGUACAUCGACAUUCUAGGUGGGCUCGAGAGCGCCAAGUUUGAAGAGUUCAAGCAACUCAUGAGACAAGGCUUCCGGGACGUGCGAAAGCAUGCUGAAAGAAUCAUCAUGUUGGUCGAACUGAUGGCCAAGGAUUCCAAAUUGCCGUGCUUUGCCUUGGGCGAUCUGACAGCGACGAAUUUGCGCGAUCGCUUCCAGCUGGCUCUCAGCCAGACGCAGUGCGACGAGUUUGUCGAUCGGCUGAUCCUGUCGAGUGCAGGAAGCGCGUUUACGCGCUUGUACGAUAUGUACCAGAGAUUGACCGAAGGUGUCCUGUAG